UAGAGACCAUCUGUGUAUCUGAACAGGUUGGUUGCUACUGUUAUCGAAGGACAUCUUCGGUGCACUUCAACCAAAGAGGUCCGUUUAUAACCUUUUAUUAUCCUUCAGAGUCAGCAUCCCUUAAGGAGCUGGAGUACGGAGAAACAGGAAGUGCAGACUGAAGGAAUGAAGAUAUACCGGCUGCUGAAGAAGAUGAAGCGUGAGAGAUAAUCGACAAGGGAGAGACACACACACACACACACACACACACACACACACACACACACACACACACACACACACACACACACACACACACACACAUCUUCUGCUAUGGAGGAGGAAGAAGCUGCAGCUGGGGAGGAAGCAGAAUCCACGCUGAUGUACCGGAUCGAGCGUCCGGUUUACGAUGAAGCUUUCAUACGUUCAACCGUUCUCAAACGCAGAGAAAACUCCACCACGCUCCGAGAGAGGCUGGCAAAGCACUUCAGGUGUUCUUCAAAGAGAGCGAAGGCAGCAGUGUUCAGCUUCCUGCCGAUCCUCACCUGGCUGCCGUCAUAUCCUGUGAAGGAGUUCCUGUUUUCAGACGUGGUUUCAGGUCUCAGCACCGGAGUCGUGCAACUUCCUCAAGGUUUAGCCUACGCCAUGCUGGCUGCUGUGCCUCCAGUGUAUGGUCUGUACUCCUCUUUCUACCCCGUCCUUCUCUACACCUUCUUCGGCACGUCCAGACACAUAUCAGUAGGUACCUUUGCAGUGAUAAGUCUGAUGAUCGGGGGUGUGGUAGUGAGGGAGGCUCCGGACUCCAUGUUCUUCUUCCCGCCGGUGAACGGAUCCAACAUGUCUGCCGUCCUGGACGUGGAGGCCCGGGACGCUCGGAGGGUCCAGGUGGCCGUCGUGCUCACUACGCUGGUGGGAAUCAUCCAGUUUGUCUUUGGCCUCCUGAGGUUUGGCUUCGUGGCGAUCUACCUCACGGAGCCUCUGGUUCGAGGCUUCACUACGGCAGCAGCGGUGCACGUGGUCGUCUCCCAGCUGAAGUACCUGCUGGGGGUGAAAACACCGCGCUUCAGUGGGCCCUUCUCUGCUCUUUUUAGCAUCCAGGCGGUGUUCAGCGACAUCACGAGCACCAACGUCUCCACCCUGAUCCUGGGUCUGGUGUGCAUCGUGUUCCUCUACGUCGUCAAAGACCUCAACGAGCGCUUCAAGAAGAAACUUCCCAUCCCCAUCCCUGGAGAGAUUAUCGUGGUCAUCGUGUCGACCGGCGUCUCGUACGGGAUGUCUCUAUCAGACGACUACAGCGUGGACGUGGUGGGGAAGAUACCAUCAGGGCUUCUCGCUCCUGCCGCUCCAGAUUUCUCUCUGUUACCCAAUUUGGUGACCGACUCCUUUGCUGUUGCAAUUGUAGGAUUCUCGAUGGGCAUCUCUCUCGCCAAGAUCUUCGCCCUGAAGCACGGCUACAAAGUGGACGGAAACCAGGAGCUGAUCGCGCUCGGCCUGUGUAACUUCAUCAGCUCGUUCUUUCAAACCUUCGCCAUCACCUGCUCCAUGUCCAGGAGCCUGGUGCAGGAGAGCACCGGUGGAAAAACACAGAUCGCAGGGCUGCUGUCGUCUCUCAUGGUGCUGUUGGUAGUCGUGGCGAUCGGUUUCGUCUUCCAGCCUCUUCCUCAGACGGCGCUGGCGGCCAUCAUCAUGGUGAACCUGUUGGGCAUGUUCAAACAGAUCAGAGACAUUCCUGCUCUCUGGAGGACCAGCAGGAUCGAACUGGCCAUCUGGCUGGUGGCCUUCGUAGCGUCUGUUUUGUUGGGGCUGGAUUACGGACUUCUGGUCGCCCUCACUUUCGCUAUCCUCACCGUCAUUUACAGAACACAGAGCCCUAAAAGUGCUGUCCUGGGUCAUGUCCCCGGCACCGGGCUGUACUGCGAUGUGGAGGAGUACGAAGAGGCGGCUGAAUACGAGGGGAUUAAGAUUUUCCACUCCAACUCUUCCAUCUACUUUGCAAACAGCGACCUGUAUGUGAACGCCCUCAAGGAGAAGACGGGAGUAAACCCUGAGGCCCUUCAAGCUGCACGGAAAGCCCAGAGGAAGCAGAAGCAGAAGGAGAAGGGGAACGGCAACCACAACUCUUCACUGAAGACCAGCUGCACGGAUAAGGAGCGGGGCGUGACCCAUGAGGUUUUGUCCUAUAACCACGUGUCUGAGGAGCAGAGCAACGGCCAGCUGGGGGACGGAGACAGCGAGACGCUCUCAGAGGAAGAAGCCGUCUUCCUCCAUCCUCUCAGCGACGUUCACUCCAUCAUUUUGGACUGGACGCCCGGCAGCUUCAUCGACUCAGUGGGAGCUAAAGCCAUCAAACAGGUUAUUCUGGAAUAUGCAGCUGUGGACGUUCAGGUGGUCAUCGCCGGCUGCAGCCGGAACCUCCUGUCUGACCUGGACUCCUUACAGUUUUUCUCGGGGGUCAUGACUCCAGAGAUGGUGUUUCCCACCGUCCACGACGCUGCGCUGAGCUGCCAACGCUCACAUCCAGCGUUUGCUCCGACCAAAGCUAAAACACCUCAGAUCCACGUCGAGUGACGGCAGAUACUGUACCCAGCUAGCAUUGGGAGAAACCGCUGAUAGCCAAGGUGGAUGUUUUGCCAUCUGAUGAAGCACUUUAGUCUGACUUUAUGCUGCAUAGAGCAACGUUCUGCUUUUAGCCAAUCAGGAAAGUAGUUUCCAGCUGACAUUCCUCCAGCCUUAUUCCUCUCUGGGAUUGUUUAAGAAGUCUUUGGGAGAGUAAGCCGCUGCUGCCAUAAGACCUUGUUCUAGUGAUGGAAACUGCCUCAUCCUGCUGGUAUCAAAUGUUACUGAGAAGUUGUGUUUUGAUAGAUUUACGAGUAUUUAAAUGCUGUAUUGUGUCAUAUUUAAACCAGCAAAAACACUAUCAUGUUUGUUAAGUAGUAUUGUGCGUUGUUAUUUAAAGGAUACAGGAUGCCUUAAAUGUUACCAUCAUGUGGUUAUUUUGUAAACAUGUCACGUACACUCAAUUCUGGAAUAAACUUUAUUUUGAAGUGAA